CGAUGCGCUCACAGUCCCAGUCUCGUGAGAUGCUGGUGAGCAGGUCGGUUGUCUCUCGACGCUCUCCAGCCUCUCCCAAUAACCGCUCCUGAGCCCUUUUCACCGGCAAGAUGUUUUGUUGACUUGCCACCUCAAUGAAUAGCCAUAGGAGGCGAUACGGUGAGAAUAUUAUACCUGCUUGAGCUGUGAAGCAUUUCUGAGAUGCGCAAGUGAACAUCAAAUAAGUUCUCAUUUAGUGGAAAAUAGGUUCAAAGCUCUUUUCAUCAAAAUUGAACGGAACUGUUGUGUGUUUUCUCAGUGGAUCAGAAAGGGUUGGUCCAUUAUGCUUUAUACUUCAAGUGUACGACGACAACUGGAGGAGACUCGAUGUGAAGCACAAAUCCAUGCGCUUCCAUAUACAAUGUGACAAUUCGAUAAUUGUGUUCCUACUAUUGGAAUAUACGCCAUUGAAAACGUUUUGGAUGUUUUUAGGGAAGCACUCACUAUUUUUCUGAGACAAGGCAGAAAGAGGGAAUGUAUUUAAUUUGAACUGAAAAAAAUACUCGGACUCAUACGAUUAUUUCUAGAAGUCCUUCUCGUGGAUCUACAAUGCGCCGAACGUGACGGAGGAAAAAUGAAAUGUUCCGAACUGAUCUCCUAAAUGGAAUUCAAACUCUGUAAUAACGUUUCAGAUGUUUUGGGGUUGCGAAUUUCCAACUGGUAUUCCUACUUUUUUACCAACUUGACAUACAGCAGUUGGUGAGGUGGAAUUAACAUCCAACUGGAGCACGGAAAGAAAACACCGUUAGCUUGCCCUGUCGAAAUGUGAAUAUUGCAACCUGCUCGAGCCCAGCUCACACUCAGAGUUGCCAAGGCUACAGAGCUCCUCUCGAACCAGCUAAACCGUAUUUCGGUUCCUAAGUUAUUUGGGCAAUUCCUCCGCAAUACAUCAGUUGUGUAGCUUAGCAUCUAAAUAUUGGUCAUACAUCUUGAUUUAACCGGAAUAAUGCGUCUGGAAACAUUAAGACGUUUUUCGACUCGUGGAUAUUGAUUUUUCCUCUCAGGUCUUUUUGACAAGCGAAUCGCCAGACGCCGCUAUUGUUCAGUGAGCCUGGACACACCUUUUUGAUGUCAGCCAAGACCUCUGCUAAGUUGCCAUGACGAGUGAGGAGUGUCCCGUUCCGCUUGGGGGCGUGUCCCCGGUGGGGGCGGGGCUCUGCGAGGAUUACGGCCCGGUUCAGGCUGAUGACAUCAUCGAGGAGGCGGGAGGGGCAGGCGAUGACAUCAGCAUCGGCAGUGACCUCAGCACGCUGGUGGUGCCGUUCCCUGAACUUGCACCUGUGGUGUUCUUCUGUCUCAAGCAGACCACCUGUCCCCGCAGCUGGUGCAUACACAUGGUGUCCAGCCCGUGGUUCGAGAGGAUCAGUAUCAUGGUGAUUCUGCUCAACUGUGUCACCCUGGGGAUGUACCAGCCCUGUGAGAACAUCGACUGCACUUCAGACCGCUGCCAGAUACUACAGGCGUUCGAUGCGUUCAUCUACAUCUUCUUUGCGUUGGAGAUGGUGGUGAAGAUGGUGGCGCUGGGAAUCUUCGGGAGACGCUGUUACCUUGGCGACACCUGGAACAGACUAGACUUCUUCAUCGUCAUGUCUGGGUUAGAUCACUCUUCUUCCUUUCCUUCUUCCUUUCCUUCCUGUGAAGAGUGUAGGUGGGAGCUAGGUGAAUACUACUGAAUCAUAGAUAGUACUGUACAUGCUCUGCAGAUGUAGGGCUUCAACCAGCAGCCAUGUGUUUAUAAGAAAGUGCACUACCACACUGUGUCAUAAAGCUGCAGACCUCUUGGCAGAUGCUGCAGUAGACUGGAUGCAGAGAUGCAGAGGACCUUUUAGACUCACAUCUGUAGUUUAGCUUCUUCUGUUGUUUCCCCUUCACACGUUUCUGCUGUCAAAGCCAGGCUGUGUUAAAACUAGGGUUUGAUGUCGAACUGGUAAAUGUCUGGUUUGAUGUUGUUGAAAUCAGAGUUCAAGUAGAUGGGUGCACAGACACACUGACACAUGCACGUACGCACACACACACACACACACACACAAGCAAGCACACACACAC